UGUACCUUUUCUUCGUGGCUUUUAUAUUUUCCUCUCUCUCCCCUCCCUAAGGAAACGCCGUUCUAUGGUGCUACAGUUAAGAUCCAUGAGCCUGUAGGGGUGAUAGGCAUUGCUUGUCCUGACACGUGUCCCUUACUGGCCUUUGUGUCCCUACUGGCGCCUGCAGUCAUCCGAGGUAACACUGUUGUUAUCGCACCAAGUCAGAAACAUCCCAUGAUUGCUGUGGAUAUGUACCAGGUACCAAUCAUGUCCAUUUUAUUUUCUGAGUUAUUCUGUGCGUUAGUACUGUUUUUUGAUCGUGGACCACUGAGUUCCAAAUUUUUCUGUGCUUUCAGGUGAUCAUAAUCGUUUUCUUCUUUAAUUAUGAGACCAUAAAUAAUAUGUUUAUUCGGUAACAAGAAGUUUAUUUUUUCCCGCGAUUAUCGAUUGAACAUAUUCUAUGAUCGAUUAUCGAUUAUAAUAAAUUUUUCGGCACACAAUUGUUGUGUGUGAAUACUCGAAUAAGCGCCCAUACUAUGGCCUAAAGUUUGAAACAUGCCUCUUUUUACUCGACCUCUCUUCUUUUGAUAACCGACAAAGGCGGAGCACUAUGUUUUAAAAUCAUGUUUAAUCUUAAGCGGAGCAUUUUUUUAGAUGUUUUUAGGAUCAUGUGGCUUUCUCGUUCACUGCAUCAUUGGGGAGCUUAAGCAACAACGACGACAGUAAAAACAUCACUAGAAACUGAAUUUGCGUCCUUUCAAACUUUAUCGCGUCUAUUUGAACCCGCUCAAUUUGUCAAAUGUAGGCGACUUUUCCUGGAAUUAAAUUCUCAAGGACUUCAUCCAUGUUCAAAUAGAGAAAGGAAAAUUUCUCGUCGUAUGUCCACGUCCUCCAUAAAACGUCCCCUUUGGGAGGUUUCACGUCGUGGUCGUGCAGUGGACGUCAAAGAAAUGUAGUAAGAAGCGUGAUGCACGUGCAGAGCAUUUGUUUUGCUCAUAAAACCAACAGACCUUUUUACCGAUACGGCGGCCAUAUUGAAAUAAUUCGAUUUAAGGAGUAUUAUAGGAUGCCCUGGGGGCAUGAGCACCUUUGGUUUGUAUUUUCGAGCGCUUCUCGAGACAUUUUUUCUUAAAGUUUUCUUAGAAUAAGAUUGUAAUGGGAAAAAAGAUCCUUGUGCCGUGUUUGGAUGUAAUAAUGAUCGCUUUUUUUCCCGAGAAAUAUACAGUGAAAGACCAAAUUUCUAAUACUAAACUAGAAAAAGUCCAUCCAAACACGGCACAAGGAUCUUUUUUCCCAUUACAAUCUUAUUCUAAGAAAACGUUAAGAUGUUGAUAGAAGCUGGCCUUGGCGAUUAUUGGGCGGGCUCUUAGAUUUGUUGGUUUGAUUAACAGCUCGGGUGUUAGAAAUUCGAUGAACUCUUUCGAAGCUCAUAUUGUUUACGUCUUCUUCAGGUAUUUGAAGCUGUUGUAUCAGGACGUUUCUCAACACUUGCUCGGUUUCUGCUGGAGUUUCAUGUGAAGAAUCUCUGACACCGUAAACUCUGAAGUUGCUUCUUCUUGACUGAGCUUCAAGUCGUAUGUUGCGACAUACUAAUUUGUGGACUUCAGCCUUCAACUGAUCAUUUUCUUUGCGAAGCGAAGCAGUCACCUUUUCAGUCGCCGCCGCAGCAUUUUUAAUUUCUUGAAUUUCCUUAGUUGCAGAAUUCAAACUUUCCAUUAGUUGCUUAUUUUCCUCUGUGAGUUUAGCAAUUACUGAUUUUAGGUCAUCAACAGCUGGUUUGAGAAGAAGUAGGCGUUCUAACUUAUUCCUGAUAUCGUCAAGGGCUUUCAGCGUGGCGUCACCCUCGUGGUCGGGAAGCUCCUCGAGGUCGUCGUCAGUUUGAGAACCUUUUUCCCGUAUUCUUUUUGCCCUUCUUCUAGAGGAAACGUCAUUCUUCCCAAGUGAGUCGGUUUUGGCUGCCAUUCGGUAAAAAUUAAGUGCGCUCCAUGGUUAUAAGCGGAGUUUACAUCGAAAACGACGGAGCGAUAAAAGAAACGACCAUCUUUGACAGCGCUUAAUUAGCAUUCCAAUUGUUACUGCUAAUCCCGAGGAUAAGUUGCCGAAAAGGAGGGCCGGAAUUUAACACGUCUUCCAAUUUUUCGACUCAAAUUUGAACGCCGGAAAUAUUACCCUAUGCCUUCUAGGUGAUGUUACACGACGAUGAGUUUUAGCGCAACACAACGUUGCAAUGUUGGAGCAAUGUUGUAACCAUUCGAAACAAUGUCGCACCAAUGUUGCCACGCUGCGUUGCGCUAAAAAUCGUCGUUACGAAUCGUCAAGUGUAACAUCACCUUAUGUCGAACUACGUUCAAACGACGGUGUUAGCGGUCCAUUUUGCCGCGCUUUUUGCGAUAAAUGCGAAAUUUUAGGUUACAGUGUGUGUUAAAAAAUUCUUACAGUGUCUCCGGCAAGGUUCGUUCGUUCGUUCAAUGCGGAACAUUGCAUAUUUUUUCUCGCUUCCUUUCUGUAGAUUUUUGACACGUCGGACUUGCCCGGUGGUGUUGUAAACAUCGUCACAGGGGACCGCGAUCACCUCACUAAAUACCUGUCCGAACAUCAGGACGUUCAAGCCAUGUGGUACUUUGGCUCAGCGGAGGGAAGCAAAUUUGUGGAGUGGUCAUCAGCGGUCAACGUGAAACGUACCUUUGUAAACUACGGUCAGACCCGAGACUGGCUUGACAACUCUCAGGGGCAGGGCGAGGAGUUUUUGUUCCACUCUACCGAAUGCAAGAACGUAUGGCUUCCGAUGGGAGACAUCUUUGCCAAUUAG